AUCCUCGCUUUACCGAGGCCAUCCUGCCUGCCUGCCUGCCUGCCUACAUCCUCGCAUACUGAGCGACGUCUUCCUCAGAGUCUCCUGUACCACCAUGAUGAAGGUGUUGAGGUGUGUGGUGGUGACAGCGGCGCUGCUGGUGCUGGUCCUUGUUGACGGAGGCGUUGCUGGAGACCACUGGUGCCCGGACCCCAGCUCCCCUUCCGUCAUGACUGUGCUGACGGAAGAUCUGUGUGAGCGCGCGGACAAGAGCGCAUGUGAGGCCUACAUGGUGACCUGCCUGCACCACCCAGCGACCAUGUCACACUCAGACCACGCCACCUGGAGGGAGCACACACUGGUCAACGCCACAGACUGUGCCAGAGAGCUGGGUUACACCUUCACCUCUCCCACCACAGACAACA